AUGAAUAAAGAAGCUAUUCAAACUGCUAUUGAUGACAGUGAACAUGAUGCUGGAUGGAUUGAAGGAGUUGCUAUUUUAAUAUCCGUUAUUGUUGUAGUAUUGGUAACUGCUCUUAAUGACUAUACCAAAGAACGACAAUUCAGAGAAGUCCUCAUAAACUACAAAGAAACUAUAUAUUUUUCAGGACUGCAAGCUAAAAUCGAGACCGAGCACAAGUUUGCCGUUAUUCGAGGAGGCCAGUCGAUUCAGGUUGUUGUUAAUGAACUAGUCGUCGGUGAUGUUGCUCAGAUUAAAUAUGGUGAUUUACUACCAGCUGAUGGUGUCCUGAUCCAGUCGAACGAUCUCAAAAUCGACGAAUCCUCAUUGACCGGAGAAUCAGAUUUGAUUCGAAAAGCACCCGAACAUGAUCCAGUAAUACUCUCAGGAACACACGUUAUGGAAGGAUCUGCAAAAGUACGAUAUUACGUUCCACGCCUCUUCACAGUUAUUAGAACUCAAGUGUUAUAG